AUGGCCGAGCAGGGGGGCAAGACGACGAGCAGCUGGAGGAGUUUCCGGUGGCUAUACAUGGCCCGUUUGGCGGUGGCGUCCAUUGUGACCGUGGUGGCCGUGGCAGUGAUCAUUCGGGCAGUGGUGGUGAUGCUCCGCCCCGAGAAGCUCCAGCUGAAGCUCGCCGGCGGCCACAUCCAAGUCGCCUAUAUCCCGUCGUUGCCGCCGCCCGGCAACGUCGUGACCUUCCGGUUCGUCCUUAGGGCCAACAACCCCAGUGGACACGCUUCGGUAUUGUACUCCAACGUCACCGUCCGGCUCACGGAGGCGUCCUCAUCAUCAUCAUCUUCGCCGGCGCCUGAAGCGCGGGUUGCCGAGUUCGGUCUGCCGGAAGACAUCACCGUGCCGCAGCAGACGGCGCACGAGGCCAUCGUGAUUGUGUCGCUGGAGGCGAAGGAGGACGUGCCUGAAGUGCCGAUGCGGUACGUGCGGGCACUCUACGAGGUACGCGGAGUGGCCGGCGUGGAGAUGGAGCUGAGCGGGCUCUUGAGCACCAAGGUGGCCAGGGCCACCACCAAAGUCCGCGCGACGUACUAUUGCAGGCUGGUGAGCGUCGCCGUCGGUCCCGUCGCCUACACCGUCGCCGACGUGCCGUGCUUAGACCAGUUGGACGCCCCGGCCCAUGUGUGA